AUUUCCUCUCAUCAGAUUGAAGGGUGGUUAGAAUUAGGGUUCUCUAUCUGCAAGCAAACCUUAUCUUUUCACCUGAAACUUGCUUUUGUUCCCGAUUUUCUCAAAUUGCUUUCGGUUUUCGUUCUGAUUCUGCAAAAUCAUGGAGAUGGAGCGCAUCGUUGAAUUCCCUCACACCUACAUGGAUCGACCCCCAAGAAAGAGAGCGCGUUUGGGCUGGGACAUCGCUGAGGCCCCCAAGGCUCAGGUAGGAUUGUUUUGUGGACAAGAGGUUGAGAAUAUUUCAAGCUAUGCUCCUUCAGAACAUCCCCCUAGUUCUCUGUUUAAGGGAGUUGCCCGAAAUGGUUCUCCCCCAUGGCGAGAUGAUGACAAAGAUGGCCAUUACAUGUUUGAGCUUGGAGAUAAUUUAACUUCUCGCUAUAAGAUCCAUAGUAAAAUGGGCGAAGGAACUUUUGGGCAGGUCUUGGAGUGCUGGGACAGAGAAAGGAAGGAAAUGGUUGCCAUAAAAAUUGUCCGUGGGAUAAAGAAGUAUCGAGAGGCAGCCAUGAUAGAAAUUGAGGUAUUGCAACAGCUUGGGAAACACGAUAAAGGUAGCAAUCGUUGUGUGCAAAUACGGAACUGGUUUGACUAUCGUAAUCAUAUCUGUAUUGUGUUUGAGAAACUUGGACCAAGCUUAUACGAUUUUCUUCGGAAAAACAGUUAUCGAUCAUUUCCCAUUGAUCUUGUCCGUGAGAUUGGCUGGCAACUGUUGGAAUGUGUAGCAUUUAUGCAUGAUUUACGCAUGAUCCAUACUGACCUGAAGCCUGAAAACAUACUUCUAGUUUCACCAGAGUAUCUUAAGAUUCCUGACUACAAGAGUACAACCAGAUCACCAAGCUCCUUUUUCAAGAGAGUGCCCAAGUCAAGUGCUAUAAAAGUUAUUGAUUUUGGCAGCACUACAUAUGAACGAGAAGAUCAGACUUACAUUGUGUCAACUCGUCAUUAUAGGGCACCUGAAGUUAUCCUUGGACUUGGGUGGAGCUAUCCAUGUGAUAUAUGGAGCGUGGGCUGUAUAUUGGUUGAAUUAUGCACUGGUGAAGCUUUGUUUCAGACUCAUGAAAAUUUAGAGCAUCUGGCUAUGAUGGAGAGGGUGCUUGGUCCUAUACCACAGCAGAUGUUAAAGAGAGUUGACCGACAUGCAGAGAAGUAUGUUCGAAGGGGUAGGUUGGACUGGCCAGAGGGUGCAAUCUCACGAGAGAGUAUUAAAGCUGUUAUGAAGCUUCCCCGACUACAGAACCUUAUAAUGCAGCAUGUUGAUCAUUCAGCUGGAGAUCUUAUACAUCUUUUGCAGGGGCUACUUAGAUAUGACCCCUUUGAAAGACUUACAGCUAGGGAUGCUUUGAGGCAUUCCUUCUUUAUGAGAGAUCAUCUUAGGAGAUGAUUUUUAUGUGUUUGUAAACGAUUGGUCUGCUUUUAGGUGAAAGAUCACUCGAGGGCAAAUAUGGCUGUAAGGAGCCUAUGUGCCAAUGUAAAUAAAUAUUUAAAUUUAGGCUUGUGUGACAAGUGAGGAUGGUUAUUCAGCAGCAUUUACACCUCAACCUCAAAGCCUGUGUUUCAAACGUUUUAUUAAAAAAUAAUAAUUGUAGAUGUUACUAAUCCGUUAUCCGGUAAAAAAAAAA